AAGUGUAGAAGUUGUAAAUGUCAGAUAAGAAAUGUCACUGGAACAUUCGUCGGGGAGAUUUCUCUUGCUUAUUCCGUAAUAUUGGCAAAAAAGCAAGUGUAACAGUUGGGCAAUCAGAAGUCGGCCAGAACUUUGUUGAAUGCGAUUGAAAACUCGGCGGAUGGAAAUUCGCAGGCGGAAAUCCGGACCGACUUCAAUACGCAAAAAGUGUCGCGAGUGCGCGUAAUCUGUCAAAAUUUGCCAGAAGUUUACGUGAAAUUUUUUAUUGAAGUUUACGAGUGGCGGCGGCGAAGAAAGUGGUCUCGCGGCCGUGAGCAAGUGGCAGUCGAUUGCCGUGGCACGUGAGGUGCAAGUGGAGAGUGUCCUUGUAGGCGACACCUGGCCAAGAGUGAAAUGCUUCAGAAUUGACGGUGAUUCGGGAGGCAGACCGCCUUGCAACGACGAUUCGCUGCAUUUCAAGGACUCUUGUCCACGAAUGAUCGACUUUUGCACUGCGACGGGAAGUCAGUGAAUCAACGGCAAAGUUCGGGAAAUACUGCGCCAGUGUCAACAAGGGAGGCGUGUGGAAGUGUUGCGGCUGUUAGUGAGGUCGUGUUGACAACAUGAGCGGUCGGGUGCGUUUAAAAGAAAACGGGAUCCUCAACGAGGACCUCCCCACCCUGCUUGAGACGGUCUUCUACUUCCUGUCCAAGAACAUACAGAUUGUUUGCGAUGACAGGAAGAUGGAACUACGCGAAGGUAUCGUGAUCCCCAAUGAAAUUUGUGAUAGAUUCCUGGCGUACCACCAGCGACGGUGCCAACAGAUAACGGACGGCUUUGUCCAGGUUUUCCGAGAUGUAGACAGGACUCCGUUGCGAUAUGUGCACCUUCGGAAUAGCGAAAUCACUGACAAAGGCAUUGAAUUGCUGCUCAGACACAAUUUGACUUCUCUUUCGCUUUGGUACUGCAACAGCGUUACGAAAGAAUCACGACACACACUCGCCAAAUAUGGAGAGAAUCUGAAAUCUCUUGAGCUUGGUCUAAAUGUCGAUUUACUCAAAUUAAGUGAACCGAACGAGAAAACCCCACUUGACUUUCAAUUGAAUUUACCGCAUCUGCGUCGAUUAGUUUUAAAUGGAGUUGUAUUGCAACCAUCGUUACAGUUCAGUCACCUUCAAGACUUGCAAUAUCUCGACUUGACGUCAUGCAUUUUCGCUGAGUUCAGUCUAGAAGCGCUUUGCACUCUUCCGAAUUUACAUACGCUGAUACUUUUCAACGUUUGGCCGUUAGCAAAUCAAUUCCACAUCAUCAGUCGGUUGAGAUCGUUGCAGCACCUUGACAUUUCGAUGAGUAGUUCCGUGCCUGGACACGGAACUUAUGAUUUGCCAGACCAGAUGUUGGCGAUGUUAGCGGAAAAUUUGUCAAACUUGACACACUUGGACAUAUCGGGUACAAACCUGGCUGGUACAGGUGUGGCACAGAAGGAUGCUAACAAUAGUUUCAAAGGGGACUCAGAAGUACCGGAGAUACCAGAUUUAGUGCUUCGAACUGACAUACCAGGAUUGGUAUGUCGGACCAAUAACCCGCUUCAGUUUCUAGGACUUUAUCACACUGCGCAUUGGGCAUGCAAAAGACACGAUAUACCUGCUUUAGAAAUAACCGGAGACGCCAACGAAGAGCAAAUAUUAACAGCUGCCCUUCAUUACCACGAUAGGCCUCUCGUGCUCACUAGGGUUUUGAAUGAUUUAUACCACCUAUUUAGAUUCGAAUCUUGUAAAGCUAUCCAUACUGCUUUGGACGUUGUUCUGACUGCAAUGGAUCGACAUCUCCGAUUCAAACAUAUGCAGAUUUCUGGAAGUGCAACUUUAUUCUACAUUGUGAAAGGACGACAUAAAGCGAGAUUUGGAACGCCACUCAAAAACCACAUCAUUACAACCCUUUUGAAUGGGAUGCAAAUGCACAUAACAGACGACACAAUGCUGCGGAAUGGCUAUCUAACGUUAUGUCAAUUCUCAAUGCCGGGUGAUGUAGUAAGUCUAAAUCUAUUUGAAUACGAAAGACUUAUACAGAUUCUUCUGCAUGGCGUUUCGAAAACGGAACAGGAAGGAUUUGUACAAAGGAUAGCAAUUUAUUUAUUAAAUACACUCGCUUGCCAAGUUGAUGGCCGACAGAAAUUGUUCUUGGGAGAUUUAGGUGUUAUAAGUACCAUGUUGUGUUUAAUAAAAGAUCGCCUCUUCCGUUACGCGUUCGAUGAUGUUAUGGAAGUUGCUUGGUCAACCAUGUGGAAUGUAACUGAUGAGACUGCUGUUAAUUGUAGGAGAUUUUUAGACGGUCAAGGAAUGGAUUAUUUUCUUAUGUGUUUAAGAUAUUUCCCCGAUAAAGAUGAAUUACUCAGGAAUAUGAUGGGUCUUCUAGGAAACGUAGCAGAAGUUAAAGAUUUAAGACCACGAUUGAUGACUACCGAAUUCAUUACUGUAUUUGCUGAUUUAUUGAAUUCAGAUAGUGACGGAAUCGAGGUAAGCUAUAAUGCUGCUGGUGUAUUGGCCCAUAUUGCCUCCGACGGUGAAGCAGCUUGGACCAUAGAAUCUCCAACUAGGACUGAUGUUCUUCAACGAAUGGUGGACGCAAUAGAGCGUUGGAACUUGGAUAGUGAGCGCAACAUAAAUUAUCGUAGUUUUGAACCAAUUUUAGGAUUAGUACGCUGCUAUGAAACCCCCGAAUGUCAACAUUGGGCCGUAUGGGCACUAGCGAAUCUAACAAAGGUGUAUCCAGAGAAGUAUUGUCGGCUUGUUGAACAAGAAAACGGUAUUCGUAUACUUUCGGAUUUGAUAGAUCACAUGCGACCCAUCGAGAGCACAAAGGAGCUAGCGCGGAUGGUAAUUGAACGUUGUGCUAUGGUCAGAAAUCGUGACACGAACUUAGAAGGAUAAUCAAGAAGUUGAAGUAGAAAAAAAUCAUGAAUAUGUGCAGCUUUGGCGUCCACUCGUUUUUCUGUUCUCUAAACAAUAUGCAACUCCAACAACAGCGGUUUAUUGUUAUAUCGAUGAUGAGAAAUGGUAGUAUCUUGUUAAUCCUCUUUUUUAGUGUAAGUAAAACUAAAUUAUAUAGAAUUAUAUGAUAACGGAAACGAUUUAUUUUAUCUUCUUUAUAAAAAAUAAUUUUUCUAUAAGUAUUGCAAUAUAUUAAACUUUAUUUUAAAUUGUUAAGUAUAAUCUUUGUGUAUAGAGAGGAUAGUGAAAGCGAGGCACUGUACAGCUCGGUGUGUUUGCUUGAGAGUUUCCUUAUUGAGAUUCGGGUAUUGAAAAGAAUUGCAUUGCCAAAACACAUUUUUUAAUUUUGUAGAUUCAUUGUUUUUGAGGAUAUGUUGAUAAUAAUUGUGAAAGCACUAAAUGCCUCCUAUUCAAAAUUAAUUAUCUUUAAAGAGCGAAUGAGGAUGUUCAUCGCGUAAGUGUAACUUUUGCUUAUAUUAUUGUUCUCCUUUGAAUUCAUGCGGUAUUUACAUUUUUAAUAUUAACGACUUGCGUUCUAACAAAAAUGCAGAACUUCAGGUACUUUAAGAGCUCGUCUCGCUGCUGAUGUUUAUCUGAUGAAAUCAAUAAGCAUCUUCAGCUAUUACAAGCAAAGUUCCUUUCCAUAGAAAACAAAUUCCCUUCAAUCGCGUUUAAGCUCCAGUUCUCGUGGCCGGUAUAUAUGCAAGUUACAUUUAUAAAUUUCAGAAUUGUCUUGCAAUUGACAGUUGGAGGAAGCGAAAUCCGACCUGUAACCACUAUGAUGUAUAUACACAAGGAAGUAUUUAUACAUGUGUUUUUAAGUUCUCUUUGAUUCAUCUACACGUACGUUUCCAUUUUACUACAUUGUGCUUACUAUUACUCAUUACUAUUUCUUCAAAACAAUACUGCAAUGAGCAAUUUCGUCUAAAGCUUAUUCAAAUCAAAAAGGUACUGCGAUUUUAAUUGAGGCGCGAGAAAGCCGUAAUAUGCUUUGAAAAUUUAAAUUAUUAUAUCCUCUCACUGCAGCAGGUUAUGGAAAAAGAACAAACUGUACCGGAUAGCAAGUAAUAGUAUCUUUUCAUUUCCCCUUUUUUCAUUAACGUAAAUUGUAAGCAAAAUAACAAUGUGAAUAAUUUAUCCUAAUUUUAUUCGCGUAAAUAACUGUACAUAAUUGAGAUUAAAAUGAAUUCGAAGUGAUGAAUACUACUUACAACUGAAAAUAUACCUGUAUAUUCGAAAAA